ACAGUUGCUAUCGGGAGGCAGUGUACAACGCCACCUAAGUAGAAGGUGGUCAAGUUUUUUCCAAAAUUUUACCAAUUUUGACUAAAAACAUUAUUAUUUCUAUAUCAUUAUUUUAAUUUUAAUCCGAUUUUGUCAAAAUUUUUAAGUGCCUUAAUAAAUCUCUAAAUUAAGAAGAUAAAUUAAAAAGUGCGUCACGGAAGACGACUAAUUAGAUAUUUUUCGCCGGUUAUGAUGAUUUGACCGCGUAUACGCAAGAUGAGAUUAGCGAACGAGACGUUAACUGCCUAUUCCAGGAGAGGUUGGGACUGUGGGACGGCAUUCUAACCUUUCAGUCGAGAUUCCACGUACCUCGGCCAAGGCGGGGCAAUGGCUAUUACUUACUUACUUCCGUGUUAUAGGAUUUGAAUUACAAUAAAUCAUGGUUAGGAGUAGGACUCCAUCGCAGGGUGGGGGCUCGCAAGGAUUCGAGAUGGAACGUAAAUACUCUGUUCCAUCAAAUCCGGAAUCCAGGGCGUUUUCAGGAACAGCCAGUGAAGAUUUGCACGCGUGGUCUAUUUACAGGCAAAAUUUAAACUCGGAUUUUACCGAUAGCGCUCUUGGUUCAACAGACAAAAGUCCGCUUCCAUACGGAAACUUUCAACUGCGCGAUACCACCGUGCAAUCCAUACUUUCGCAUCCACGGUACGGUCCGAAAUCAGCUCUCGGUUCCAAUAUGUACACAUACUUAAAAUUCGGAUUACCCCGAGUGUUCCCACCAAACCAAAAUGGUUCUCACCGUUCAGGCACGCCCCAGCAUUUUCGAAAUACAACGUCCAGAAACACCGCCACCAGAGCGUCGAAAGCAGGAAGUAGAGGGCCAAGGGAUGGUAGUUCCGGUUACGACAGUUCGGAUAAUGAAACAACCAAUUACAAAAACAGCAGGAAGUACAGGUCCGAUCCUGAUUUUAGAAUGCAAAACGUACACCAUUCGUACCACACCCAUAAGCCUCAAAAAGACAAGUUUCAUCCACCACCUGGAGUCCCUUUGGCUGCACUUCAACAAGGUGGGUUAAAUCAUUCGUCAAAUUGGAAUAGGAAUAAAAGCAUUUCAGAGGCAAAUCUUUUAUCAACUGAGUAUACAAGAUCUUAUCAUAACAGUCCUCAUCACGUUCGUGACCCAAGAAGAAAUAGUGUAGCCGAAUUCGGACAUCACCAUGAUGUUGUCGAUCAUGGUCAUCUUUUACGUCCUAUAUCAAAAGCUGAAAGUCAUAUGUCUUUGGCGACUUCAAGAAGAGGACCAUCGGUCAUCCGCGGCGAUUAUCUCAGUGCUGAUGAUGACGUUCCCAGCGCUUUUAUUUAUCCUCAUUUGCAAGUAUGCGGUUUGGGAGUUCUUCCUCCUUCAACCGGUCUUUGUCAAAAGAAACAGCACCUGUUACUAAAUGAUAUAUCGUUCGAAGUACGCGGAGGUGAGCUGUUAGCUAUUAUGGCGACUUCUGAAGAUGAGGGAACCGCUAUUUUGAACGUUCUUGCCGGAAGAAGUCAGGCUUUAAUCGGCGAUAUAAUUAUUAACGGGCAACAAGUUCGAGAUCACUCUUUAAGAAAUAGAGUUGCUUUCGUUCAAAGCGACGUGAGUUUAUGUAAGGAUAUGACUGUUGUGCAAACGCUGAGAUUUCAUUAUGAUUUGAAGAAACCUACUGCUAAAUUAGAACAUUUAAAAAUUGAUGCAAUGGAUAGAAUAAAUGUGUUAAUUGAAGAUUUAGGUUUGGAACAAGUUAGAGACACAAAAGUUUCAAACAUGACCACGUCUGAAAGAAAGAGACUAAAUGUGGCGUGUCAUUUGUUGUUGGAUACUGAUAUUGUCGUUUUGGAUCAACCAACAAGAGGAAUGGAUAUUUUUGAUACUUUCUUUUUGGUUGAAUAUUUAAGACAAUGGGCGAAUGGUGGUACCGCCAAUGCUUUAGGUCGGAUAGUAGUUUUAACUCUCCACCCACCUACUUAUGAAAUAUUUACAAUGCUUUCAAGAAUUUUACUUAUCUCAGCCGGUCGAACUAUGUACAGCGGACGACGAAGAGAUAUGCUCCAAUAUUUCGCAAUGGUCGAUUAUCCAUGUCCAUCGUUUAAAAAUCCUUCUGAUUAUUAUUUGGAUUUAGUAACUUUAGAUGAUUUAUCAGCAGAAGCGAUGUUAGAGUCAUCGCAAAGAAUCGAACAACUUGCAGAAAUUUUCCGACAAAAACGUGAACCAAUGAGCGAUCCUGGACCACCCACAUCAAUACCAUUAACUGUUAGAAGUGCUAAUUGUAUCUCACAAGCUUUCGUUUUAUUUUCAAAAGCUAUGAUUUAUACACAACCAAGAACAUUUUUAAACUGGUUGAGUCUAAUUAUAUUGGCAGUCAGUUUAUCAUUAAUAAUGGGUGCUAUAUUUUGGGAUUUACCAAACAGCGAUCAACAAUUAAAUCUAAAUGAUAGAUUAGGAUAUCAUUACGCUACAAUGUGCAUAAUAAUUUGGCCCAUUAUUCUUUUAUUGACACUAAUGGAGAUUAAAACAAAUAGAAAAACUGUUGAACGUGAUAUAAGUGAUGGUUUAUACGGUAGAUUUACGUAUAUUUUUACUAAAAGUAUUGUGAAUAUUUUUCCAUCCUUAUUCGUAUGGUUAAUAUAUUUAGUGCCAAGUUACUCUAUGAGUGGACUGUAUAUGCAGAGCGCCACGAAUUAUAAAGGUUUUUACAUUUAUUUAGGUGUUAUGCUUCUUUAUUUAAGCUGUUUACAAAUAUUUACAACAGCAUUUAUUUAUUUAAUCCCAAUUCCAAAUAGGGCAACAUUUCUGUCAACAAUUAUAAUGACUGCUUUAUUCUUUUCAAACGGAUAUUUAGUCCAUUACAAAGAUUUGACUACUUGUACAAAAUGGAUUGAAUACAUAAGCCCCAAUACCUGGGUAUUACCAUAUUUAUUAAACAGAGAAUUAUCUACUGAAGCUAUUGCAAGCAGUUUUUCAACUACUUUAUGCAGGAGUAAACAAGUACAACGACAAGAUAUUAUAGUUCAAGCACCCUGUCCAUCACCAAAUGGAACUCAAAUUUUAGUAAAUUACGGAUAUCGAAAAGAAAAUCAAGAAUUUUAUGAUUAUGGGGAUGCUCCUAUAGCUAUGGCUGUAUUUUACAUAGUUUGUACACUUAUAGCGUGUUUUGGAUUCGUUAUGAAUUGUUGCAGAAAUAGUUCCUCAAAACACAGGGAGAGGAAUAAUGGAAACAAACCCUAGAUUAAGUUUAAAGUUAGUAUUUAGUAAAUUAUUGUAAUGUUUAGGUAAUUUUAUCUAUUUUAAAAUAUUAUUAUUGUGCCGAUAUACUUUAAUUAAUAAAAGACCAUUUUUGUAAAUUAA